AUGAGCGCGGAGCACCAGAGCGACAGCGAGGACGCUGAAGGGUCGCAGGACAGGCCCAACAGCGGCAGCGCCUCCGACAGAGAGGAGGACCCUGACAUCGACGACUCGGACGUGGAAGAUGACAUCGCACCGAGGGUCUCUCCCUCACCGCCGGGGAGCAGCGGGAACAGGCCGGAGCGCUGCGGGAACAGGCCGGAGCGCAGCGCGAGGUCUCCGGCGCCGGAGGAGCGAGAGCCCCGCUCCGAACCGGCCGCCGUGGCGCAGAUAGGGAGCGGCGAGGUCUCCAGCUCCGACAUCCGCAGGGGGAAUAGCCUGUUUUCCUGGCUUCAAAGCAGGACUAUAAGACGAGGGGUGUUUGUGGACCCAGCUAGGGAAAACUUCAGGACAAUGACCAAUUUAUACUGCUCUAUGAAUCCGGCUGCGGAGUCUGUCAACCUGAGCACUCAGACCCAUGGAGCGGUGUUCAACCUGGAGUACUCCCCGGAUGGGUCUGUGCUGACGGUGGCCUGCGAGCAGACCGAGGUCCUGCUGUUUGAUCCCAUCUCGUCCAGACACAUCAAAACCCUGACGGAGGCCCACGAAGACUGCGUCAACAACAUAAGGUUUUUGGACAAUCGCUUGUUUGCCACCUGCUCUGAUGACACCACAAUUGCACUAUGGGAUCUCCGCAAGCUGAACUCAAAGGUGUGCUCGCUGCACGGCCACGCCAGCUGGGUGAAGAACAUCGAGUACGACACCAACACUCGGCUCCUCGUCACGUCUGGCUUCGACGGCAACGUCAUCACGUGGGACACCAACAGGUUUACAGAGGACGGCUGCCCGCACAAAAAGUUCUUCCACACCCGUUACCUAAUGAGGAUGCGGCUCACACCCGACUGCUCCAAGAUGCUCAUCUCCACCUCCUCAGGGUAUCUGCUCAUCCUUCACGACCUGGACCUCACCCAGUCCCUGGAGGUGGGCAGCUACCGCAUGCUGCGAGCGCGACGGACGCCCCUCAGCUCAGAUGGAGGCACGUCAGCGUCCAGGUCAGCUGGAACUCCUCGCCAGGGAAACGACUCCAGCAAGAUCCACCCUCCUAGAGAAGGUCUUUCUCCCAGGAACAGCCUGGAGGUUUUGACUCCAGAGAUCCCCGGAGAGAGGGACAGAGGGAACUGCAUCACCUCCCUGCAGCUCCAUCCCAAAGGCUGGGCCACGCUCAUCCGCUGCUCCAGCAACAUGGACGACCAGGAGUGGACGUGUGUGUAUGAGUUCCAGGAGGGCGCGCCCACCCGCCCGCUGGUCUCCCCGCGCUGUUCCCUCCGCCUCACCCACUACAUCGAGGAGGCCAACGUUGGCAGGGGCUACAUCAAGGAGUUGUGUUUCAGCCCGGACGGACGACUCAUCUGCUCCCCGUACGGCUACGGCGUCCGCCUGCUGGCCUUCGACGAGAACUGCGGCGAGCUGGUGGACUGCCUGCCCGUCCAGACCAGCUGCCUCAGGGAGAUCCGAUCCAUCUACUCACACAGCGACGUGGUGCUCACCACCAAGUUCUCCCCGACACACUGCCAGCUGGCCUCGGGCUGCCUCAGUGGACGCGUCGCCCUUUACCAGCCCAAGUUUUAGCAACUGCUGCUGUCAAAGAACAAUGUAUGGCAGACCUGGGUAAAGAAGUGCUAAUCCGGGUUCCUGCACAGAUCUAGGAAUAUAGAAGAUAAGAAUGUCCCAGCUACUCUUUGUACAAUUACAUAUUUUCAAUGAUUUUUAACUCUCAGCCUAUUAUAUCUACAUUGUAUCCUUUGGUAUAAAUGAUGUCAAAACCAUUGGAGGCAGUUCAGUGUUUCAAAACCAUCUGAAUCUUUAGGAAGCCUGAAUAACAUUUCCAAGCAUUUGUUUUAAAGUGCUCCAAUGGACCAGGUGGGUGGGCUUUACUGCAUGCAGGUAUUUCAAACAGUCUGACAUGCAGUAUAAAUGGAAUCUUGUGAUUUCUCUUUACCCUCUGCCAGACAGAAAAUCUGUAUGGAAAACUCCACCCAUCUGGUACUUAAAAGGGAUAGACCUUAUAAACCCAUUUGAAGUACUUCUAAACCCAGGUCUGCAGCUGUGAAACUGACUUUUGAGUUUGUUUGAGUUGAACUGAAAAAAAAAGAAAAUUAAGAAGUCUUCAGCCUUGACCAGACUGCAGUAGUGGAUUGUAACCUUAAGCCUCUCGAGCCCUGCACUUCAAAGACAAAAAAAAA